UCUAGAUUUUUUGUAAUAGAUUCGAUUGGAAAUUGAGAAAAAAUGACAGCGAGCAGCACGUAGCUGUCACUUUUCCUUUUUUUUAAAUAGCUCAAGAUGCCUGAUCUUUCUUUUUAAUAGGAAAUAUAAGUAAAAGAAUGUUUUUUUCUGUUUAAAUUUUGUAACAACCACGUAGUCAUGUAUUUCGACAACACUGGGUUGGCCGUUGUGGCCCCACCAGAAAACUCAGGCCUAAUGGGAAUCGAUGCAGAAUACGUCCAAACUAAUUAUAUAUUGGCAGAUGGGGCCCAUAGAUUUGGAGUAUCGGCUUUAACAUUUGACAAGGUUGAAGAGUUACUAUGGAUGGGCAAUCAAGGAGGUCACAUUACUUCCUACUAUUUAACUGGUAAUGGUGGCAUGGAUAGGUACACCUCAUUUCAAAUACAUGCAAAUGAAGAUGUGAGACAGAUUUUAUGCAUCGACGAUGGAAUUUUAGCACUAACGAGUAGCACUUUAAGAUACCAAAUGAGAAGGGGUAUUCCUAUUUAUACACACACGUCUGUGAACAUGAACGAAAUGCAUUGUAUGUUACAACUAACAUCCAGUAGAAUUUUGCUUGGAGGCCAACAAGACAAGUUGAUUGAUUACAAUUUAGAUCUUUGUAAGGAAACCAUGCUGGUGGAGGCUGGCGAAGCGGGUUGUGUCAUGUUGCGACCCCACAGCAGAUUUAUAUGUGCAGGGAAUCCAUUGGGUCACAUCGAUUUUCGGGAUCCCAACACUUUGAAUACCGAACAUAGCAUCGAUACGCACACAGGCAGUUUAAGCGAUUUUGACGUUCAGGGGAACCUACUAGUGACGUGCGGCUUCAGCAACAGGCACAACUCGUUGACAGUCGACAGAUUCCUGAUGGUGUACGACCUGAGAAUGAUGAGGGCGGUGUCACCAAUGCAGACGGUUCUCGAUCCGUUCUUCUUAAAAUUCAUCCCGUCUAUUUCGUCAAGACUAGCCGUUGUGUCUGCGAUAGGUCAGGUGCAGCUUCUUGACACUAUCGCCCUGGCAGAACCCAGAUUGUGCCUCCUUCAAAUGAACAAUCCAGGAGCGCUGUGUCUGACCUUCGAUAUAUCCUCCAACAGCCAAGCGAUGGCCUUCGGCGACAGUUCCGGCCACAUCCACUUUUUCGCCACCUCCGAUCACCCCACAUUCAACACCUUCUCCAGGUCUAUCGAGUUUGCGGAAUCCGUAGCGCGUGUUCACCAGUACCCCAGCUUCAGUAUCGAGGAUGCCAACUAUCCGCUGUCUGUAGUCCCGAUGCCUGUCGUGCCGCCUGAGGUGCCUCUCGCAUCUGAUUGGCCGCCGCACUUCAUGGAGAAAGUUUAUCGAAAGCCGCCCGCUAUCGACCCGGAGAUCCUACACACCAUGAAGAUGCAGGGGCCUAUUGGGUACGCCCCGAACCCCAAAACAUCUCGGAGAAAUCAAGUCAUAUACGAUUUUACACGGAACGGUCACAGGGUGCAUUCAAACCGCACCGUCAAGAGUCCCAAGCGUCAAGAGGAGAGCAACAGUUUCAUCGCCAUACCGAAGAGAUACCGUAAAAUAGACGUCAGGUACAGCAAGCUGGGCAGCGAUGAAUUCCAGUUCGAUCACUACAACAAAACCAGUUUCUCCGGGUUGGAGGCGACGUUACCCAAUUCCUAUUGUAACGCCAUGAUACAGGUGUUGUAUUUCACCGAACCCCUCAGGGCCGCCUUGCUGUCGCACUUGUGCUCGAAGGAGUUCUGCCUGUCGUGCGAGCUGGGCUUCCUGUUCCAUAUGUUGGGCAAUCCGUAUCAGAACCAGCCCUGUCAGCCUGGAAAUUUUCUGAGGGCCUUCCGGACGGUGCCCGAGGCGUCCGCCUUAGGUUUAAUCCUGAGCGAUCUGCACCCCGAGGCCAAGCUGAAAAUCGACCUUUCUGCCUUGAUCCAGAGUUGGAACAGGUUCAUGCUGCACCAGAUGCACGUGGAGCUGGUGGAGACGAAGAAGAGGCACGACGAGAGGCGGGCCAACAAGAAGCCUUUCAUUUACAAGGAAAUCGAUUUUCCCAGCAUAUCGGGUGAUAGGAGCAGGGAGAGGAGGGUAGCGUCAGACCGCCCUGAAGUCGUAGACGUAGACACGAAAUUGGAGAACGAGAAACGCGAAGACUACUCCGAGAUCAGCCAGCUGUUCGGGACGAAGCAGUUGCAGAUGAACUGUUGCUUGAAGUGUUCCUGCGAGGUGAGGAAGGAAUCGCUUCUGCUGGCGUGCAACCUGGUGUAUCCCACGAGCGAGCCGGAGAGGGAGGAAUGGAGCUUUUGUGACAUCUUAAAACGGUCGCUGUGCCCGCAGCAGACGACGCCCGCGUGGUGCGAGAGGUGCUCGAGAUUUACCCCCACCGCCCAGAGUCGAAUCCUACAGUCCCUGCCGAAACUCCUAGCAAUUAACACCGGCCUGCACAACUUCCAACAUAAGCAGUUCUGGCAGACCCAGAUGGAUAAAAUGGUGGCCAAAGCGACGAAACUAGCGUUAGACAUAAACAGCUCACCGUCGAUGGCCUCUUCCAUAACCUCGUCGAAACCGUGUCGAUACGGGGACAACUGCUCGAGACCCGGCUGCCGAUUCAGGCACAGCUUCGAUAACAACCCACCAACGGUGCCGACCAACAACCUAUAUUGUAGCAAUAAUUGGCUGCCCCACGAGAUCGAGAUGGCGCUGAGGGACGAAUCGUUGAAAGUUAGAAAGUUGGAAGAUAAGGAAAAGCAGGGAGAAAGGAACGUCAGUGUGGAGACGAAGAAGUACGAGCUGUCCUCUGUCGUGUGCUACAUAAACGACCAAUCCUCCCCCGACAGACGUAACCUAGUGGCUUUAAUAAAAGUACCUGAUCCAUAUUUACAGAGUAGAGAUAAGGCAGACCACAAAUGGUACCUUUUUAACGAUUUCAGCAUCAGUCCGGUGCCGGCUCAAGAAGCCGUCUGGUUCAGUUUGGACUGGAAAGUGCCGUGCGUCCUGUACUAUUCAUCCCCGGAGAUUUUGGACGCAAACAGCGCGGUCCGCCAUCCGAUGUCGAGGGAGGUGUUCACCGAAGACGCCUGCAUCGCAAGGAGCGGCGGUACGAGGGGCAUUACCUUCACGCCCCUGUCAGAAAAUGAGAUUUUGAAGUCUGGCGAUUUGGUGGCGAUGGACGCCGAGUUUGUCACUUUAAACCAGGAGGAGGCCGAGUUGAGAAGCGACGGGAAAAUGUCCACCAUCAAACCGUCGCAGAUGUCGGUGGCAAGGAUUACUUGUAUAAGAGGGCACGGGCAUAUGGAGGGGACGCCGUUCAUAGACGACUACAUCUCCACCCAAGAACAGGUCGUCGAUUAUCUAACCAAAUUCUCGGGUAUUAAACCAGGGGACUUAGACGCCAAUUUCAGUUCGAAGCAUUUAACUACUCUUAAGUCGACUUACACUAAAUUAAGAUUUUUACAGGACAGCGGCGUUAUUUUUGUGGGACACGGACUUAAGAACGAUUUUAGGGUGAUUAAUUUAGUAGUUCCUCCAGAGCAAGUGGCCGACACAGUGCAAUUGUUCCAUUUACCUCAUCAUAGAAUGGUUUCCCUGCGUUUCCUCGCCUGGCACUUCUUGGGAAUAAAGAUUCAGUCGGAAACGCACGACUCCGUGGAGGACGCGAGGGCCGCCCUCCAGCUGUACAAAAAGUACAAACAACUCGAGGCCCAGAGCAAGGUGGGGGACGCCCUGGCCGAACUGUACGAGACGGGGAAAUUGCUGAACUGGAAGGUUCCCGAGGACUAACCCCCUUUAGAUAUAAUGUUAGCGAAUAGAAACGGUGAUGAUAUUAAUUAAAAAACUUAUAGUAAGGCCUUAACGAAGUGACUACAGUUCGACCAGUGUCGCGUACAGGGCGAUCCACGGCUCUCUUCGUGGAUGAUGCUUCCGGUAUUCGCCCAAUAAGAGUUGAUCACAGAAAGAGAGUUAAUAGAGCACCCUGUACAUGACUGCCGAGUUUAAUGAAAAUACAAUUUACUAGAACCACGGGGGGGCGUGCCUCCUCGUGGUACUACUUUGCCAAACCGCAGGCGCUAUUCUCGUAUAGCAUUUUAAAUGGGAGGAGCGAGAACGUUGGAACUCGAUACGUUUACAGCGACAGGCAAACUUGUGUCAGCGGCGCUCCGAAACGUGCUGUGCGAGACGUUAGCGCAUCAAUUUUUUAACUGGUUUUAUUUUGUAAUUGUCCCGAAACGUGCAUUUAUGUAUUUUAUCCAUUCCACACUGUAUUUUUGCCAUUCGUCGAAUCUGAUCUACAAAAUUAUUUUUUCUAUGCAACAAAAUAAAGGAAUAAAUUUUAUAUGUAAAAUA